UUCAACUCGCAGAAACGAUCAGUGGAAAAAGCUGCGGGGAUUAGCGGCUAGUAUAUCAUCAAUUCAGCAUUCACUUUAUAUCCUAGCAUUUUUAUUCACCGAACUUUUAAAUUUUAAAGGCAAGAAACGCGUGUACAAGUUAGGGCAACCUUAAGCCGCCCAUCAUGUCGUACGGGCUGGAGUUAAACCGGCUGGCUAAUCGUUAUUGCUAGCUAAAGUCGUAAGUGCAGGGUAGGGUCAGACAUCGGACUUUCGUUGCCAUUCCGUCUCGACGUUUCAAUUCAUGUGCAUGUAAAUGGGGUAUAUUUGAUAAACUCCGCGCGGUAGUUGUACAUUUAAAAGUAUAGUCAAAACAUCCCUAAUCGCAUCAGUGACGAGGUACCAGCGGGAGUCUCUCCAUCCCGAGGGAGAGGGAUGGCUGGCGAUGAUGGGGGGAGCCUCUUUGACUUUGACCAGGCGACAUACGACGCAGACGAAAAAGUCAAGAUCAUCUGCCUGGGAGACAGCGCCGUCGGAAAAUCCAAGUUAAUGGAGAGAUUCCUCAUGGACGGAUAUCGACCCCAACAGCUGUCCACGUAUGCUCUGACACUCUACAAAUACUCCACCGCAAUUGAUGGGAAGACAGUACUAGUAGAUUUUUGGGACACGGCGGGACAGGAGCGGUUUCAGAGCAUGCACCCAUCCUAUUACCACAAGGCCCAUGCAUGCAUCAUGGUGUUUGACGUUCAGAGGAAGAUCACGUAUAAAAACCUUACGAACUGGUAUAGAGAGCUUAGGGAAUACCGGCCAGAGAUUCCCUGUAUAGUGGUCGCAAACAAAAUAGACGCUGAUAUGAAGGUAACUCAGAGAAACUUCAAUUUCGCAAAGAAACAGGGCCUACCUCUAUAUUAUGUUUCCGCCGCUGAUGGAACCAACGUUGUGAAGCUGUUCAAGGAUGCCAUCAAGCUGGCCAUGUCCUACAAGCAGAACUCCAGUGAUUUCAUGGACGAGGUUCUGCAGGAAUUAGAGAACUUUGAACUAGAGAAGAAAGAAAGUACCUCAGAUAAGGAGGAUGAUCUUCUCCAGGAGAUGGACCAGCAGCUUGCUUGAGGUUCCCUCAUCUGGAUGCUCCUGGGCAGCCUCUUGAAGAGACAGGGGAGCUGUUUAUCGCACAUCCGUCCAUCCGUCCUCCCGUCCGUUCAUCUCCACAGUGCUGCGGUAGCCAUUAUGUUGUACGCUAAUAUGCCCUAGCUGGUUGCUUGAUUCGUCCGCAGGAGCUGUCUGUCCUCCGGAGACUUCCUGGACACGCACACUGAGUAUUUAUUAGGUCAGAAACAAAGGUGAGGGACUCAAAAGGAAUAUGGGUCACAACACAUGUGCAAGGCCAAAUGAGGAUGUGCCACUUCCUGGCCUGUUUCUUCUUUAUUUGUAACAGACAAAUAAUACACCACCAAGCCAGCCCAAACACUGAAUAAUUAUCCAUUAUAGACAGUGUAGGUUCUGUGUUUUCAGAAGCCGUGCGGAGACCUUGGGCACCGGGUAGAGGAAUGUGCUGUAAUGAAGUCUCCAAUAGAGUUGAACUAGAUGCACCGCACUUCAAUGACAUUUCUAUGUAAGAUCACUGGCGUGUUUGUAUCUGAUGUGUAUCAGGCUGCACAUUAUACCGUGCGACUUCUCCGAUAUCGUCAGUCAUCAUACCCAAAGAUUCGUAUGACUAGCGAAUGUAACAGGGAGUAAAAAGGUCACAUUAGGGGCUGUCUGUUGAGUUUUAGAAAGAGUCUGUCUGUUACCAUUUUGUCUACUGUGAAACAGAACUAUUUUGGUUCGAACUUGGUUGUCCUGUCAUUUGUUUUUUUUUAAAUUUGCACAAACGUGUACAGUUGUGUACGUACCUGAAUGUUAUUACAGGUCGGGACCUUAUCUUUCUACUCUUGUGGUAAAACAAUAAAAUGUGUCAACUGUAUAAUAGUGUAAAAGUCUAGUGUAAUUAAUGUUUCAUUAAUUUUCAAAUUGUCA